AAAUGAUAUUAAACCAUUUGAGACUUGUUCAUCGCAAUGCAGACAAAUAUGUUAUAUCUAAAUUAAAUGUAUGGAAGAAUACUCGAAUGCAGUCUUCUGGUCAGAUGAGCAAUGCUCAAGCAAUAUCAAAAGAGCAAGCGGUAGCUGAAAACGAAUGCGAUAUUUACUCACCUCCACGAGUGGUUCCAAUGGUGUUACAUGAUAGAGAAGUGAUUGUUUUGCCUUUCGAUGAAGUCCCUGGACCUAAGUCAUUGAAGUAUUUGUCAACUUUACGAAAUUAUUUGACUGAAAUCGGCACACAAGUUACUGCUAGCUUUUUGACAUUCGGCCUCAAUAUUGGUUCGUUACUAAACAAGAGAGAAUCGAUUCGCAAAAUGUCAACACUAUUCGAUGAAUACGGUCCAGUAGUUCGCUACGUGAACCCAUUGGGCACUGACAUUGUGUUGAUUAACCAUCCGGAUCACAUACAGAAAGUGUUUAGUCUCGAAGGGGAGCAUCCUGUGAGGUCCACGCUUGAGUCGAUAGAAAAAUUUCGUACUCAAUAUAAAAAUAGCGCUUAUGGAGGCAUUUAUACUGUCAAAGGUCAAGAAUGGACGCGACAAAGAUCGGCUAUUCUCACUCCAGCACAUAAUUUAAUCGCACAACAUGCACAAGGACUAUACGAUAUUAGUGACAAGUUCGCAACAAAAGUGUACAAUAUAAGGAACUACCAGGAUGAGAUAGCUAAAGACCUAUACAAAGAGUUGCAUAAAUGGGCAUUCGAUAGCAUUGGUCUGAUAAUGUUUUCUAAGGAUUUUGCAAUGAUGGACACUGAACUAGUGUACAGUCAGUGUGACUCGUCGUGGAUGUACCACAGUUUGGAGAAUGCCACGGAAGCGAUCAUCAAGUGUGAGACGGGCAUGCAUUUUUGGAAGUUUUUUACUACCCCCGCUUGGUAUAUUCUCGUAAAAUACUGCGAGUCUUUGGAUAGUUUAAUUGGCAAAAAAAUUUUAGAAACCGAACAAGAUCUUACGAAUAAGGCAAAGAAUGCUGAUAUGCCGCCGACUAUCGAUUCUUUGGCGAGUGCAAUGUUGCUAAAUGAAGAUAAGUUCAAAAUGGAAGACAUAGCAACGGUAUUAAUGGACAUGAUGAUUAUUGGAGUGAAUACGAUCACCUCAGCCAUGGCAUUUUUGUUAUACAACUUAGCGAAACAUCAAAAAUGUCAACGGAUAUUAUACGAUGAAAUAAAAGGCCUAUACCCAAAUAUGACAGUAACUGAUGUGGAUAAUCUGAGAGAAUAUACGCCUUAUUUACAAUCCUGCAUCAAGGAGACGUUAAGGUUGACUCCCCCCAUACCAAUGCUCACCAGGGUUCUACCAAAAAAUAUUACAUUGGACAAAUAUAAUAUCCCAAGAGGAACAGUGAUUAUAAUGUCCACACAACACGCCUCUCUGAAGGAGAGUAACUAUGACGACGCUACAAAGUUCUACCCCGAACGUUGGACCAAACCAGACGCGGAGAAUUACCAUGCAUUUGCCUCCAUACCGUUCGGUCAUGGCGCCAGGAAAUGUUUGGGACAAAACAUAGCUGAGACCAUGAUGACACUCAUGGCUAUAAGGGUUUUACAAAAAUAUAAACUGGAGUACCACUAUCGCGAUGUGAACCCUACUAGAAGUUUCAUUGCGAAACCAAACAGGCCUCUCAAGAUAAGAUUCAUUGACAGAAUAUAAGUUAAACUUAGUUUUUCAUAUAAACUAACAUAAUAUGUUAAAAUGAAAUAAAUAAAAAUUAUUAAAUUUAAAACAAAGACUUUUAUUUACUAAUAUUUACACUAGACUUUAUAGUUUACAAUAAUUUAUUUUGUGGAAUAUAUUUUAGGUAAGAGUUUGAAUAGGUUUUCGUGACGAAUAUUUCUAGCUCAAAA